GCGGAGAAAGGGGGGGGUCUCGGCGGCAGGAGGAGGAGUAGGUGCGGGUGAAGAUGGCGGCAGCCGAGGCCGCGAACUGCAUCAUGGAGAAUUUUGUAGCCACCUUGGCUAAUGGGAUGAGCCUCCAGCCGCCUCUUGAAGAAGUCUCCUGUGGCCAAGCAGAAAGCAGCGAGAAGCCCAACGCUGAGGACAUGACGUCCAAAGAUUACUACUUUGAUUCCUAUGCUCACUUCGGCAUUCACGAGGAGAUGCUGAAAGAUGAGGUACGCACCCUCACGUACCGAAACUCCAUGUUUCACAACCGGCACCUCUUCAAGGACAAGGUGGUGCUGGACGUGGGAUCGGGCACAGGGAUCCUCUGUAUGUUCGCUGCCAAGGCCGGAGCCCGCAAGGUCAUCGGGAUCGAGUGUUCCAGUAUCUCUGAUUAUGCGGUGAAGAUCGUCAAAGCCAACAAGUUAGACCAUGUGGUGACCAUCAUCAAGGGGAAGGUGGAGGAGGUGGAGCUUCCGGUGGAGAAGGUGGACAUCAUUAUCAGCGAGUGGAUGGGCUACUGCCUUUUCUACGAGUCAAUGCUCAACACCGUCCUCUAUGCCCGAGACAAGUGGCUGGCACCCGAUGGCCUCAUCUUCCCAGACCGGGCCACGCUGUAUGUGACGGCCAUCGAAGACCGGCAGUACAAAGACUACAAGAUCCACUGGUGGGAGAACGUAUAUGGCUUUGACAUGUCUUGCAUCAAAGACGUGGCCAUCAAGGAGCCCCUGGUGGACGUGGUGGACCCCAAGCAGUUGGUCACCAACGCCUGCCUCAUAAAGGAGGUGGACAUCUACACUGUCAAGGUGGAAGACCUGACCUUCACCUCCCCCUUCUGCCUGCAAGUGAAGCGGAAUGACUACGUGCACGCGCUGGUGGCCUACUUCAACAUCGAGUUCACUCGCUGCCACAAGAGGACAGGCUUCUCCACCAGCCCCGAGUCCCCGUACACGCACUGGAAGCAGACCGUGUUCUACAUGGAGGACUACCUGACCGUGAAGACGGGCGAGGAGAUCUUUGGCACCAUUGGCAUGCGGCCCAACGCCAAGAAUAAUCGCGACCUGGACUUCACCAUCGACCUGGACUUCAAGGGCCAGCUGUGCGAGCUGUCCUGCUCCACUGACUACCGGAUGCGCUGAGGCGGCGCCCGGCUUCUCCCACCCCGGCCGGGCCGGCCCUGCACGGGCCCAGGGGCUGCGGCAUCCUUAGGCAGUUUGGGGGCUCCCCCUUCCUCUCCUUCCCUCCCUCAGAAGGGGGUUUUAGGGGCCUGGGCUGGGAGGUGGGGGCACAUCGUGACUGUGUUUUUCAUAACUUAUGUUUUUAUAUGGUUGCAUUUACGCCAAUAAAUCCUCAGCUGGGA